AUGAUACGGAAACUGGGGGAUGCCCGUGUGUGUUGAGGUCGCCUGAUCGCCACUGAUGUGCCAAGAGAUCACGCGCGCUUCUUGGCUCGCCCCGUAGGGUGUAGGGUUCAAACCCUAGAGACCAGGCGAGGAGGCGCCGCGCACACACCUGCAGGCUGCCAGACUCGACUCAAGGCGUGCCGUAGCAGCCCUCAUUCGACAGCCCUCAACCGAGUGUGAGUGCCCUGAUACAACCCUGAUAAGGCGAGGCCACCCUUCGGUCUUCAUCAAUAGGGAAGCCUCGACGGAGAAGCCGCACGUAGUAAUGUAAGCACACAGAUGAAGCACAUGGCAGCGUAUGUGGAGAGCGAUGCAUGCAUCUCGUCGUGUGCACUUUUGUCUUCAGCCGUGCUUGAGUGGUGCCAUGGCAGCAGCUUCGUCGUCAUCUUCAUCUGCUGCUUCGCCUCCUCAGGCAGAGGUGAGUCAAACCACAGUGGCACGUCAAUCAAUCAAUGCGUCAUUCACUCAUUCACUCGUUCAUUGCUUUGUUUGUUUCGUUAGGCCAUGGCAUCGUGUUCGUCGGCCGGUCGUCACCGGGAGGGCACUCGUGUGCUGCUGACGUCGGGCACCAGAAGGGAUGCCAAUGAGAGCUAUGUGUGGCUCAAGGCCGACGUCUAUCGCAUAGAGGAGAUCAGCAAAGGGACGCUGCUCUUCAUGCGGGAGGUCGGCGGCCGGGAGGAGUUCAAACAGGUGGUGCCGCAUCGGACCAGCGCGCCCAUGAACACCAACCCACAGCCACCCGUGGUAGGCAAACACACCUCAACAGGAAGCUCCUUAGAUGCCCCGCUGAAUGUGUGUGUGCCUGUGUGUCUGUGUCGUCUGUGUCGUCUGUGUGGCUGUGUCGUCUGUCUGCAGGUGUGGGAUGUUAGCAGGAAGGUACACGUAGCCACGCACUGCACACCCAUAUUUCCACUCUGCCUUCUCCCUCCUCCUUGGUGGUGUUUCUGCUUCAGGCCCCUGACGGUUUUGGCGACGGCCCUGACGGCUCUCUGGCGACGCUAUUCAGCUUCAUGACGCCUUGCGAGCUGUCGGCUCUCUUCCCGGACCGCCCCGUCGAACCACUAACAAACCAGCAAGCCGACCCCACCAUCCACGAUGCAGCCGUCCACCAGCAGACACACAUCACCGUGGACUGCAGCACCCGUGCAGAGUGUCACUUCUGGGAGAGCAUGACGCCUGAGGCCGCAUUCCAGCUGGGCAAGUGUCUCAUCAACGUGACGGCACUCACCGUCCUGCAGCCACACGAUCGUCCAUCGUGGUGUCUGUUCACCAUGAUAGGCAUCGUGGAGGGCCAUGCCGCCGGGCGACGGAAGGCGUACGAGGCGAAGGAUCGACAGCAGCACAUGCCCGAGGGGUCUCUGGAGAGCAUCCAAUUUGUGGCCAGCCCCAUCAGCCACGCCGACCGACUAGGGCGGCAGCAUUGCCCCACCAGAAAGAAUCGCAACAGCAGCAACAAUCGCGGCAUCUACAUUAAGGCCAGGAGGGGCGGCGAAAGGACAAAGAGGAAGCGCCCCCCCAUCCCCCCUCCCAUCAGAGCGCCCCCAACCCUCCCUGCCCUCAGGACUGUCACAGGAGCCGUCCCGGAGCACGCUGUGGUGUCCAGCAGCCGGUGGGUGAUGCCCGCACUCGAGCACAUAGACCAGCAGGGCUGGACGGCGGACCAGCUGGGCCUGUUCAUCAGCACUUCGCUGUCGCUGCAGCACGUGGGUGGGAGGGUGCGGGGCGCGGAGUGGGCGGCUGUGUUUAGGUAUGUCCUCGUGGCACGUGAUGGCCAGCCAGGGCGGCUCAGACGGCUGCGGAGCAUUGGAUUGAUCCAUUACUGGACGCCGGAAGAAGUGGACGAGCUGCAGGUAUGGACCAUUACAUCGAAAAGGAAUCACAUGUAAUUAUGUCAUUGUCUUCACUUCUAGGAGGUAUUGACGUCGCGUGGCUGCCGCAAGUCGCUCAAGAGCGUCAGCGUGCGGAUCCUACCAAUUGUCGACCACCACACCCUCCCCGCCCUCGUCGCUGUCGACAGCCUCAUCGACAAGUGCUGCGUGCCGCAUGACGUCGACAUCACCGUGCUGCCGGAAACUAACAGGACGACCCGCUAUUUCCAGCUGUCCGUCCUCUAUGCCGACGACCUGCCCCGUUCCCUCUCGCCCUUCGUCAGGAAGGCCUUGCAGGAGGCGGCACGGGUGGCAUACGAGCUGCGAUACACCAUCAGUCAGCACGAUAUCACUCACUCCGUCGACGACCCGAGCCAGACGGCCAUCGAGAUCGCAGAGAGCCUCUCAUUCGACAACGUGAGGCUCGUGAACGCCAUGAGUGCCUAUGGCUUCGCCCCUCCGCCCGGGACCCCCUCACCCGCCCCCGCCAUCAUCGACCACCUGCAGCCCUUCCCAGCGGCCAAGGAGCUGCAGAUCUGCAGCGGUCUGGGCGGGCCUGUGGGCAGCUUGCUGGCACAGAAGAUGCCCAUGGAGGUGGAAACGGUGAUCAUGCCCUCGGCUGUGAGGUCAGAGGACAAGACCAGGGUGCUGGAGGCGUUGGGGGAGGAGAGGGAGGUGGACACUAUCUACGUCGGUGCAGCUGGGAAUGCACUGAGUGCAUUGGAUGGAUGGAGGGCGGAGAGCUUCCCAGUGACGCACCAGAUGAGUGUCCAAUUUGGAGGUAUGCAGAAUACUAGGUGGUGUCCCGUUGACGUGUGCAUUGCUGCAUUGUGUGUGUGUGCCUUCGCUCACUGCCAGACGACCGAUAUCGUUGCAUCCACUUUCGAGUUGCACUGACAUCGCCUGGCGUCCGCAGCUCGCUCAAGAGCCUCAGCGUGCGGGUCCCGGCAUCUAUCGACCAUAACACCUUUCCCGCCCUCCUGGCUGCCGACAGCCUGAUCAACAAAUGCCGCGUGUCGGAUGACGGCGACAUCACCGUGCUGCGACAGAGCGAGACCACCAGACGUUCGGACAGGCCUCCUAGCUAUUUCCAGCUGUCCGUCCUCUAUGCCGACGACCUGCCCCGUUCCCUCUCGCCCUUCGUCAGGAAGGCCUUGCAGGAGGCGGCACGGGUGGCAUACGAGCUGCGAUACACCAUCAGUCAGCACGAUAUCACUCACUCCGUCGACGACCCGAGCCAGACGGCCAUCGAGAUCGCAGAGAGCCUCUCAUUCGACAACGUGAGGUACGUAACGGUCUCGAACGCCGACGGCUUCGUCCCCCCUCCCGGCGCCCCCGCCCCCACACCCACCAUCAUCAACCACCUGCAGCCGUUCCCAGGGGCCGACAAGCUGCGUGUCUUCAGCGGUCUGGGCGGGCCUGUGGGCAGCUUGCUGGCACAGAAGAUGCCCAUGGAGGUGGAAAGGGUGAUCAUGCCCUCGGCUGUGAGUGCAGCAGACCAGAGCGGCGUGAUGGAGGCGCUGGGAGAGGGGCGGAAGGUGGACACUGUGUGGGUCGGUGUAGCAGUGGGGGGUGCACUCAGUCCUUUGAAUGGCUGGAAGCCGGAGAGCUUCCCAGCGAUCAACAAGAUGUUCAUCGACUCAGCAGGUGCGCAUGCGCUUUGGCGUGAGUGGUGCGCCGCCUCAUCUCAUUCGCGCAGUGCUGCAUUGUGUGUCUUGUUGUCGUUCAGUUCCUGGGCAUGUGCGGGCUGUUGUGGCUGCCAGGCGGAUCUCCGACGGCCUCUCGUCCGUUGUGCGCAGCAUGCGGGGCCUCGAGCGUGUGAUAGUGUCGGUGAAUCGGAGGUCGGUCCGCAGCGCUAUUCGGCGUCUGCUCCCCGACAGCGCGAGCAGCACCUUCACCAUCUACUUGUUCGUCGACACCUAA